CCCCGCUACAGCCGGUGGGGCUGUGCGUGGAGCUCCCUGGUUCAGGGGCGCGGCGGACUCUGCCCCUGCAGCUGGGCGCGCGCCCCGCAUCCCGCAUCCCGCAUCCUCCUUCCCUCCUCCGGCAUGGGCAGGUAGCGGCGGCUGCAGCGGGCGGAAUAUGGGUGGGAGCCACUCCCACAGGCCCCCCGUGUUCGACGAGAACGAGGAAGUCAACUUCGACCACUUUCAGAUUCUGCGUGCCAUUGGGAAAGGGAGUUUUGGAAAGGUAUGCAUCGUGCAGAAGCGGGACACCAAGAAGAUGUACGCGAUGAAGUACAUGAACAAGCAGAAAUGCAUCGAGAGGGACGAGGUGCGCAACGUGUUCCGGGAGCUGCAGAUCAUGCAGGGGCUGGAGCACCCCUUCCUGGUCAACCUCUGGUACUCUUUCCAGGAUGAGGAGGACAUGUUCAUGGUGGUGGACCUCCUGCUGGGCGGGGACCUGCGCUUCCACCUGCAGCAGAACGUGCACUUCUCAGAGGGAGCCGUGAAGCUGUACAUCUGCGAGCUGGCACUGGCGCUGGAGUACCUGCAGCAGUACCACAUCAUCCACCGGGACAUCAAACCGGACAAUAUCCUGCUGGACGAGCGUGGACAUGUUCACGUCACAGACUUCAACAUUGCAACAGUAGUGAAAGGAUCCGAGAAAGCAACCUCCAUGGCCGGGACCAAGCCUUACAUGGCCCCGGAGGUCUUCCAGGUGUACGUGGAUGGUGGCCCAGGGUACUCUUACCCAGUUGACUGGUGGUCCCUGGGUGUCACAGCCUAUGAACUGCUGCGGGGCUGGAGACCCUACGAGAUUCACUCAGCCACGCCCAUCGAUGAGAUUCUUGACAUGUUCCGGGCAGAGCGCGUUCGCUACUCUUCCACCUGGUGCAAGGGCAUGGUAGCACUGCUCAAGAAGCUGCUGGCAAAGGAUCCCGAGAGUCGCCUGUCCAGCCUGGGGGAUGUCCAGAGCGCGCCCUACCUGGCUGACAUGAACUGGGAUGCAGUGUUCGAGAAGGCACUGAUGCCUGGCUUCGUGCCCAAUAAAGGGCGACUGAAUUGUGAUCCCACAUUUGAACUUGAGGAAAUGAUUCUCGAAUCCAAGCCACUUCACAAAAAGAAGAAGCGGUUGGCCAAGAACCGGUCUAAAGACAGUACGAAAGCCAGCUGCCCACUGAAUGGACAUCUACAGCAAUGCCUGGACACAGUGCGGAAGGAUUUCAUCAUAUUCAACAGAGAGAAGCUGAGGCGGCAGCAGGGAGCUGGCAGCCAGCUCCUGGACACCGAGGGCCAUGGGAGCAGCCAGACCCAGAGCAGACUGCAGGACGGCCGCAACAACAAUCUUCUGGCCCAUGCCUGCUCCCGCGGCUGCCGCAGCUAAGUGCAAGCUGUGCACUCUGCCCAGACACCAUGCAGCAGAUGCAGAAAGAGACCACCCUGGGGGGCCUGCCCAGCCAGUUCCCCAAACCACCACCUAAAACAAGUCUGGCCCUUUCUGUAUCUCAGUUUCCUGCCUCUGCCUCUGGGGUUCCAUCACUCUCGGCCCACCACUUCUAUUGCAAGGUUGUUGGGAAAUGUUAUUUGGUGGUGGGCGACCAGCCUGUCUGGUUUAUAAAAUGUGGUCCAGAUGGAGACCGUCACCUUUAUCUCUGACCUGUACCCCUAAACUCCCAAAGCAAUGAAUGAGCCUCCUGUAGCCCCUCAAUUCCCUAUCCCUACCCCACCUCUUGAGGAAGGACUUGGAAAAAUGGAGCCCAAACGAAGAGGCAGAGGUGUCCCCUGGCCCUAGGAGCUCCUCAAGGAGCAGGGAGCACACCUGCAUCUGUGUGCUGGGCCCGACCAGUCCAGCCCACCUUCUGGAAUGGCCCUGCCAUGAGGGUUUGGUGCUGUGGAUGGAUAUUUCCCACCCUCCACAAUUACGCAAGCUGGCCCCCACUUUCAUUUGAGUAGCCCCCACCCAACCUUGCUAAGAGUCGAAUCUCAGCCCCUUCCUUAGUCACUCCUGCAAAAUGUUCUCACAAUUCCUUUGUCCCCCUAAAACCCAGCCCAGAGAGAUCUAGGCUUCUUACCUGGAAAAUGGAGCCCGGCUGGGCAGGCCACUUCAGCUGGUUCCAAUGCUGUGCCUUUGAGCUGGGAGAUGCAGUCGUGCGUGGAGGGACCCGUGGGGCCAGCAGUGACCUCCUGAGAGUCCCCCUGAAAGGAAGGGCCUGACCCUCCCAUGACCUGGAGCUCCCAACACUCGAGCUGUUGAGAAAGUUCCGUAGGGUUCAAGUACUUAUCUCCCUUCCUGCACCUGCACAUUCUUUCCCUUUCCCAUCUUGGUCCAGCCUUGCUUUGGUUUUAUCAUCCUCCCUUGUAGGCGUCCCUGUUAGUGGCCCACCCAGUCUCUAGGGCUGUCACGCAUCAUCUCCCCAACAUCUCAAGAGACAUUUCAGUGUAGGGUGUGGUUUUAUAUUUUUAUUUAAAGACACAUGUGGUCCUCGUCAUCAUCAUUGUCAUCAUAGUCCUUCUCUUCUUCCUCCUCAGACCAGCGCCCAUUUCUAGACCCUCCCAUUUCAUGGUCUCUGUUCUUUAUCAAUGUGUCCAUUGACCUGUCCCCUCCAGGAAAUAGUGGGGCUGCUUCUCUUUUCACUGUGAUACCGGCCUCUCUGCCUGUCCCCUUGGCUGUGCCCAUGGACCAGGGACAGGCACCGGAGCAGCCCUGGUACACUGGGUGCCCCAGCCUUCGGCAGCAGCGUGUAUGGGUCCUUGCCCAGAAUAAACUAUUUCUUGGAUGUUGAUUCUUA